GCAUCAAAUUGUACUCACCUCCUUGCUCUGUUGUUCUUUGAUUCUUUCUCUUGCUUCGCAAAAAGAUUUUGUUUUCCUUCUUUAAUUCACCAUAUAUGUACACUAUUCUUGUUCUUUAAAUUACUCUUACAUUCUAUUCUUCCAUCAAAUUAUACCCACCUCCCAUUCUUCCAUCAAAUUGUACGCCACCUUCUUGCUCUGUUGUUCUUUGAUUCUCGCUCUUGUCUCGCAAAAAGAUUUUCUUUUCCUUCUUUAAUUCAUCAUAUAUAUACAUUAUUCUUGUUCUUUAAAUUACUCUUACAUUUUUUAGCAAAAAAAAAAAAAUUACUCUUACAUUCUCUUCUUCCAUUAAGUUGUACACCAGCUUCUUGCUCUGUUUUUCUUUGAUUCUUGCUCUUGUUUGGCAGAAAGAUUUUCUUUUCCUUCUUUAAUUCAUCAUAUAUAUACAUUAUUCUUGUUCUCUGCUUAUCUAAAUUCAUGUCUGCUAUUCUCAAACCAGCAAACAAAAUCUGCACUGAGCCAUUGCUUAAUGCCCCUGCCUCCCUCAACAAACACAACAAAAAAUGGCAAUUGACCUUUGUCACCAUCUACUGCUCAAGAACUCUGUUUUCUCUCGUCAAGAAUCAUGUUUCCAAAGAGAAAACAAUCAAGGCUUCGCCCAUUCCUUCUCAUGUCAUUCUCACAAUUCCAUCCGAAAACAGUUGUUUCAAAAUUGAUAAGGCCACUCUCACCGACGUUGUGAAGGAGAAAAAGCUUGAGAAGCUUCGAGAAAUUGGCGAAGUGAAUGGGGUAGCUUCUUCCCUGGAAACCAGCCUGGAUGGUGGAAUCAAUGGCGGUGAUGAGGACAUUGCUCGCCGACAUGAGGCAUUUGGUUCCAACACCUACAAAAAACCGCCAUCCAAGAGUUUCUUCUAUUUUGUGGUGGAAGCUUUCAAGGAUCUCACAAUUUUAAUCCUGCUCGGGUGUGCCGCGCUUUCUCUUGGUUUUGGCAUUGAGAAGAAUGGCUUGAAAGACGGUUGGUAUGACGGUGGGAGUAUUUUUGUGGCUGUUUUUCUGGUCAUUGCCGUCUCUGCCAUCAGCAACUACAGACAGAACAGACAGUUUGACAAAUUGUCUAAAGUCAGCAACAACAUCCAAAUUGAUGUCAUCAGAGGCGCCAGGCGGCAACAGAUUUCAAUAUUUGACAUCGUUGUCGGAGAUAUUGUUUGCCUGAAAAUCGGAGAUCAAGUUCCAGCAGAUGGGUUAAAAAAGGAGAAAGAAAUGAGAAUGAUAUUUCAAAUGCCCAAGUCAGGCCUACAACCAUGUCCAUAGCCCAUUUGAUUCAUGACCCAAAACUUGACCCAUUUUACACAUCCAAGCAAAUACCAAGAUGGAAACCCUAAAAACGGGAGGUCUGGGGCAUUUUGGAGGGGGACAGCAGCGGCCGAAAGAGGGGGGCACAAAAAGAAAAAAAAUCUCUUGAUCCUUCUCCCCUUGUAAUUCUCUUCACGGCCACCAAUACCAUUGUGAACGGCAGCUCCAUCUCCAGGAUCAGGACAGCAGCACAUCAUCUCCUCCAAUCACCUCGUCCGAGGCACAUCAAAGGCAGUGGGACAGUAACUGUAGCCCCUGGGUCUCUCCUUUCUUCUCUCAAUCGCUGGCCUCCUCGGUGUCCUGUCAUCUCUGCUACUCCAGUCUCCAUUUCCGGCAAGGUUGCUUUUCAGUCCGGUUCCCUCUCCUUCUAGGUAUACCCGCAAAGAGAGGGAUUUUUGGGAAAGGUAACCCUAAAUUGCCUUUAGUUUCUGUCUAGAUUUUGAUUACGAAUGAUCAUGAUUAAUUAAUUUAAAUUGUCUGUUUUUCUUAAUUAAUGUUAAAAAAAUUU